AUGAAUGAUUCGUUAUCAUUUCAAUACAACGUUGCGUCGAAACAAUGUGGUGUUCACGUAGGAAGGUUUAGAAGUGCAGUAAUGCCAAUUCAGGAUCCAAAUUUAUUGAUAUAUUGGACAUAUUACAAAAAUUGUAGAGAAGAUUUGGGGUACACAUUUUAUCCGGAUGAUAACACCUGUGUGAAAUUUCAUUCAGUUAAGAAGUCAUGGAUGGAAGCAAACUUAGUUUGUGAUACCGAAUACGGUCAUAUGUACCUCGUCAAUUCUUUAGAUAAAUUCGACCUGUUGAAAACAGUUUUAAAUGCAGAAGGUAUAGCCAAUGGGUUUUUCUAUUUGGGAGGAACAGAUCAAUUCAUGGAAGGUCAAUUUUCAUGGCUGGAUGGUUCUACCUACACUAAUUUUCAAGGUUCCCCAAAUAAUGAAAACGGCGAGGAGCACUGCUUUGGAUAUCGGGCAUAUGAACGUGGGCUUUAUGAUAUAACUUGUACCAAACCACUCAAGUUUUUAUGUGAAAUUCCAAUACUACCAAAGUAA